AUGGGAAACAGCCGCAGCUGCUGCAAAGCUGAUGACGCCCCACCCGAAGUUCAGGAGGUGUGUGCCGGACGUGGUGCCCAUGAUAUACCCGAUCUGCCUACAGACAUGCCCAGCUAUGCGGGCUCUGGACCCGCCUCUGAUGGUGGCUCCUGCGAUCCCGUCUGUGGCGAAGAUACUGGGAGGGCCUCACGCUCGACGCGUUGCAGCGAGCGCCUGGAGAACUUCGUUCUUGAGAAAGACCUGCUACGAGGGAUUCCAUUGCGAGCCUCCUUGCGAAACCUUGGGAAGCUUUGGGUGAACUCUCCCAUUGAUCUUCAAGAGCCGGUGAAAGCAUCCCUUUGGACGAGGUCCCACAAGGUGUCGAAGCUUGACAUCUUCCUGUCUCACACGUGGCACACACCAGGCUGGCGCAAGGUCAUUGCGCUCCUCGUGCAGCUCGGGUCCUACAACUUCCUUCUCGGCUGGCUGUUGGGCAUGGUUCUUGGAGCCACGCUGCACGCAACGCUGGAGAUUCCGUACUUCAUUGCGCCGAAACCGGCCAUGUGGAUGGGUGCUCUUCUCGGUUCGGUUUGUGGGCUCCUGUCCACGCCUUACAUGCCCGCGUGGGCAACAUUCCGGGGCGAGCCGGAAGAGAUGUGCUUUUUUGACGCCGUGUGCAUCAACCAGGCCGACCCUGACAUGAUGCAGAAAGGCAUCUACGGCUUGGGCGGAUUUCUGGCUGCGGCGUCCGAGCUGCGCAUCCUCUGGAGUCCCCCUUACCUCUCCCGACUGUGGUGCGUCUUUGAGAUGGCGGCAUUCCACAAAGCCAAUCCCUCCGGAAGGAUUGUUCUCAAGCCUUUGUUUGUCGAAAGCGGGCUCCUCUGCGUGGUUCUGGGCCUUUACAUAGUCAUCAUCGUUGACGAGUGGCGGUUCAACGCUCGGAGUGGAGUUUCCCAGGUGGUCGUGGCGCUUACUAUGCUUCCCAGCUAUCUGUUGUUCCACGUUCUGCGAGGCACGCUGAAUGACAAGCAUCACCUCGUGAAUGAGCUGCGCAACUUUGACAUUUCAGAAGUCCACUGCCGCACCGUCGAAGACCGAGAGUGCAUUCUUGCGGCCAUUUCCUCGUGGUAUGGAAGCUCAUCAUCAUUCGCACAACAUGUGAGAGGGCCGUUGGCGGAUGAGCUGACACAGCAUUUUUCGAGUACCGACCUUCCGGGUGCUUAUUGGCUGAUGAUUGCAACGCCCUUCAUCACCUUCAACGUGGCUAAGUUCUUGGAGGAGUGCCAGUCGCCAACCUCCACCAUGGAGGUUAUUCUGAGCACGUUCCUUGUGAGAUGCGUUGCAAACAGUGUCCUCUGCGUGCACUACAUUCAGCUGGUGUAUUUCGUCUGCCAUCGCUUUGCGGCUCCUGCUGGGAGGCUGCUGGACUACGGGAAGACGCUGUUGAUUUGGGUCCUUUUGGCCGGGGCCCUCAUGUGCAUCUUCGGACUGAGUGCCUUGGCGCUCCGGCAGCCUGUGGCGCCUGCAGUUGUCUAUAGCGCGGCCGCGGGAAUCGUGUCGUGCGUGGUGGCCAGUCGAAGAAGGUGGAGGGCUUGGAUUUGCUCCACCUCACCGUGCGGUGAUCGCUCUGAGCCGAGCUCUGGCCCCUAA